GGGAAGCUGAGACUGCACUUCUUGCGAGGCUCCGGUAGCAGCAGCGGCGUGGUCAGAGCGAGCUUCGGAGAAGCGGUGGUGGGUUCCAUGUGAUGGUGGAGUAGGAGGCAGGUCUCCGCGGUUCAUCUGCGUUGCUCUAAAUGACACUGUUUCAUUAUUUUGAUGGCUGGAGAAUAUUUCCUAGUGCAUGUAUAUGAGAGUUCCUUGAUCUCUUUUUCUGUGGAUGAACAGCUACUUUGAAACAUAUGAUACAUUUGUGUUAAGGCUAGUCACCCUGCUGUGGAAUAAAAGACCAGAAUGAUCAGUCUCAUCUGAGAGUAACUUUGUACCCAUCACUGGUUCCUUCUGAGACCGCCUCCACUUCCCCAGCAGCCUCUGGUUUCUUCAUGUGGCUUCAGGUUUCUUCAUGUGGCAGGAUUUCCCAAAGGUUUAUGGCUGAAACAUAUUCCGUGGUGUAUCUGUACAGCAGUUUCCUCAUCCCUGCAGCUGUGUUUGAACAGGUCAUUUACCAUGCUGUCCUCCAGGUUCAACAGUAUGGUUCCAAAUGAUGAAAUUUCAUUUUGAUUUUCUGGCUGAAGACUAUUCUGUUUGUGUACAUCCACCACAGUUACUUUAUCCCUUCAUCUGUGGAUGGGCAGCUCCAGGCCAGGAGCCCCAACUGGCUGGUGGAGGAUGUCUUGCUCCUCAGCAGCUGAGAUUUGUAAGUAUUUAUAGGAACAUGGAACAGAUCAGUGGCUGACAGGCCCAGGAAGCAGACAGUCCCCUUCCCAUAGGUCACCAGCUUCACUUCCCCUUCCCGCACCCCAUCCUGAUUUGAGGGAGCCCAGGAUGACAAAGAGGGAGUAGUUGAGCAAGGUAUGGAGUAGCAGCCUCUAAAGGAGCUCAAAGGAUGCAGUUGUCCAUCUGCCCUGGGCUCAGCUUCCACACUCAGAGUCACUCACAUCCCUCCACCGUCGCCACAGCUCACCUAUGUGCCCACACUGACCAAGGCCACACUGACCCCAAAUGCACACUGUUUCAACUCUCAGCACUUCACUGUCACACUCGCGUGUGUACACACAUGCUAAUUUCCACAGCCACGUGGAUGCUCACAGGCUCACACCUUUGCACACACACAAGCUGGCUCACAGACACACUGGGGGCCCAGAUCCCGGUCAUUCCCCACAGGUCUUAAUAAAGGUUCUCAGAGGGAAACUUGUUUCCUAAGGUAGGGUGGGAGUGUGUGUGAGUGUGUGUGGGGGAGGGGGUGAGAGUGAGAGAGUGCGUGUGUUGGUGUGUGAGUGUGUGUGAGGAGCAGGAGUGACUAGGUCCUGAGUUUAGGGAGUUGGGAAGAGAAAUGAGAGAUGGAGACAAGCCUGGACCAAGAGCCACUCAGAGCUGCCUGGAAGGGAAGCCAGGCUGAGAUAAAGGCAAGGCAAAGAAAUAGACACCAACAAGGAUCAAGCCAGGGUGGGGUAGGGACUGGGGACAGAGUCUGCCUCCAUGAGAAGCUGUCACAUUGCUGCUCUGGUGCCCUGUGACAGCGGCACCAUCUACAGCUGGAGACUCCCCACUCUGGAUCUUGUCAUUGUGACUUUGCUUUGUUGGACAACCAGGAGUGGUGACAGGCAGGGAAUAUGGUGCCCAGGGCAGCUAGCCAUGCCACUCCAGCCCGGCUGCCAACCCACCCGUCACUGCCCAUCUCCUCAUCUGCCGGAGGGGGUGGGGUGGUGCAGAUGAAAGCAGCGAUCAGCUUGGCUGCCCUUGCCUCCUAGUGCCACAGUGGAGGCUAGGGGAGCCACUGGCCUUCCUCCCCAAAAGGCAGGCAGGGUUAUCCACACUUUGCCCAGGUCCCUGAAGCCUGCGGCUGAGCUCGGGGAGAACAGGGGCCAAGUCUCCGGUCCCAGACACCUAGGAACUAUUAGAGACAGGAACCAGCAUAUGAGACAGGGGCCUUUAAGUAGGAGGUUGGAGAAGACACGUUUUUGGCAUAAACCGGGGGCCCCUCUCUUUGCCCACUGAGCCGGCGGCCUGCGCGGUGCUGAGUCCGCCUCUGGCCGCCUCCGCCGUCCGCCUGGGACAGCGCCUGAGACGUGGCCGAUCCCACCUGGAUGUCCCGGGCCGGCUCCCACCUGACGCCCGCCAUCCCCGGACGCGGUGGGGAGAGGCUCGCGCUGCUCCUCGCCAUGCUUGGCGGCCGCUGCUGCCCGGCUCGGGGUCCUGCGUCGCACCCGCCCCGCCAGCCCUGGCCACUGAUCCGGAGGGAACGCCCUGGGCUGCGGGCCGGAAGCCAAGAGAAGAAGUAGGUCCCAGGGCCGACUCCGAAGCCGCAUCUCCAGCUUUGUUCGUGGGUCCGGGAAGCAGAGGCCGCCGCCGGCCACCGUCGUAGGCGAGAAGAAGGGCACGAGGCAGUCGGGGCUCCUGCCGGGCACCCCAUGUGCGCGCCAGGCCCCGCUUCUCCAUCGCAGUUGCGGCCCGGUUGCCCGGGGCCUGCGAGUUUCCCGCCAGGGCCUGGGGCUCUGGCGCGGUCGGGACGCGAGGAAGGAAGGCGCGGCCCUGGUGGGAGUAACGGCAGGGCUGUGGCUGCAGCCACGGGGCGGGGGCAGAAAAACGACCCCGGCGCCGUCCAGGCGUUCAGCUCGGUUCCCGCUGCGGCCAGGAGACUCCCGGGAGCGCUCUGUGGACCACAGAGCCCUGGAACUCACCGGGCAGCCUCCUGGCGCAAAAGCGGACGGAGUCUGAGACAGCGCGCCGCCAGGCGGUCACGCUCCAACCCCGCGGGGCGGCAGGACUCGGAUUUCGCCCCUGGUUUUAAAAUUGUGCCGGCAGAGCCCGGGACGCUGGGAAGAGCGUUCUGCGCCCCUCCAGUCGCGGUCUCUGCCCUAAACCGACUUCCAGAGCCGCCUCCGCUCCCUGGAGGGGCGCAGGGGCGGACACGGGCGUCCCACGAAGUCGCAGGUCCUCAGUCUGGGGGCUGCCCCGCACGCUUGGGAUGCAGGACGGUCUCCGCUUCGCUGCGCUGCCACCUGGGGGCCGAGGCAUGCGCUGCAGGCCAGAGAGGCGGCCCGGUAUGGAUGGAGAAGCGCGGAGGGCUUCCAGGUCGCGACUUCCCGGUAGCUGAGCGGAGCUGGGAGUCAGGUUCCAAAGGGACAGCGCUCAGGCCUAGUUCGCUUCAGAGGCGCAAGACCCGGAAAACAACUUUUGGGACCGCUGCGCUGGAGAAUUGAAGGGGGCGGACCCCGGAUUAAAGCCGCUCCCUUCCC